AUGGUCCGUCCCCGGGCGCUGUUGGGCGCCGUCCUACUUGCUUGUAAUGUCAACGCCGCUCCGGAUUACACUGAUGUCUGUCAAGAUAUUGCAGGCCAGUUGUCGGAGGCAAUUCAAGUUCUGCGUUACACUACCGCCACUCAACACUGGUUCCGUUCUUCAAACGGGGACGCGGCGUGUGUCGUCGAGGUUGGCUCCGUCGAGGAUAUUUCGCUGGUCCUGGAAAUCGUGGGUGCAUCUAGCACCCCUUUUGCCGUAUACUCGGGCGGACAUUCAUCAAACCCGGGCUUCUCCAGUACGACCGGGGUGCAUAUCACGCUCAAGCGUUUGAACCAAGUUGAUCUAUCCGAGGACAAGACGAUUGUCACGCUUGGGUUUGGCCAGGGGUGGGCCGAUGUAUAUGACGCGCUUGAUGGCACCGGGGUCAGUGUUGUUGGUGGGCGAGUUCCCGGGCCCGGCGUUGGCGGGUUCACCCUGGGGGGGGGAUAUUCCUGGUCUCACUUGCGACACAGUCAAGUCUUUCAACGUGGUGCUUCCGUCACUACCGCCUCGGAUGAUCAAAACCAAGAUCUCUUUUUCGCACUCCGAGGCGGCCUGAAUCGAUACGGAAUUGUCACUUCAGCCGAGUUUUACACUCACCCGCAGCCGGCCCAAGUAUGGGGUGGCCUCCGCGCGUAUCCUUCUAGUCAGAUUCCUGCACUUCUGAACGCAACCCAACGCUUUUUCGAAGAGAGCAAGGACCCAAAAGCGCAAAUCAUCACGACUCUUGAUGGUGGCGGCCUAGGGGUAACUUCCUUGACGCUGUUUUUCUAUGACGGACCAGAGAAGCCAGAAAUCUUCGACAUGUUUGAUGGGCUACUGACCACUCUCGACAACACGGGCAAGAAGUCGUACAAAAAUCUUGUAAACAGUUUCCCAGCCGAAAUUGUCUUGAACGCACGGGGCACGUUCGGUAGCUUCUCCACGACGAGACUUACCAACCGGUUUAUUGAAGCCGUCAAGCAGGAAGUGGAGGACAUCGGGAAGACCUCUGCUUUGCAUGGCGGUACGAUGGUCAGUUAUGAGAUCGAACCGUUUAUAGACUACGGCAAGCAUGCAAAGCCAGGUGCAUUCCCGCACGCCGAUUCUCUCCUUCCGCUCAACCUAUAUUUUGCCUGGGCGAAACAAAGCGAUGAUGAGUGGUGGUAUGCCACAGCACGCCAAUCGCUGGCAAGACUAAAGGAGGUUGCCAAGGAGGAGGGAAUCUAUGAAGAUACAUUCCUAGACUAUUCGAAUUAUGUGUUCGCCGACACGCCGGCGGAGAAGCUGUAUGGGGUAGAGAACACUGCGCGGCUCCGACAGAUCAGGGACCAGAUAGACCCCGACCGGAUCAUGGAUUUGGCGGGAGGAACAAUGUUCUACCAACCCGGCAAAACCCCCCACAACCUCCCCUACGACCCCUUCAAAGCCUGCGUAAUCCCGCGCCCCAUCGGCUGGAUCUCCACCACCUCCCCCCUCCCCGCCGCAACGGCCCAACACCCCAACCCGCAACCCACCCACAACCUGGCCCCCUACAGCCAGUUCGCCCCCCUCACCUUCGACCCCCCCUACGUGCUCUUCUCGGCCAACCAGGCGAGCCACUCCGGCGCCGGCGCCCGCAAGGAUACGGUGCGCAACGUGGAGGCGACGGGCAAGUUCGCGUGGAGCUUGGCAACGUAUGCGUUGCGAGAGGCGGUCAAUGUCACGGCGAAGCCGGUGGGGUAUGGGGUGGAUGAGUUUGGGGUGGCCGGGUUGGAGAAGGAGUUUAGUACCGUGCUGCCGGGGGAUGGGGGGGAUGAUGAGGGUGGGGAGGGGGGUAAUGCGGGUAGGGGGAAGGGGAAUCCGGUACCGAUGGUGAAGGCGAGUCCGGUCAAGUUUGAGUGCGUGUAUCAUUCGACAGUGAGGUUGCCCGGGUAUGGGCCGGUGGGGAGCGUGGAUUUGGUGAUUGGGAGGGUGGUGGGGGUGCAUAUUGCGGAGUGGGCUUUGGAUGGGGAGGGGAGAUUGGAUGUGAGGAAGACGAGACCGAUUGCGAGGUGUGGGUACUUUGAGUAUGCGGUUGUUGGAGGGGAAGGGACGAUAUUUGAGAUGGUGAUUCCUGGGGCUGAUGAGGUGAUGCUGGCCGCGCUUCAAGGGGAUAAGAAAGGGGUGGAUGAGGGGUUAAAGAAGGUGAAGGCGAAGCUAUAG